CUCAAGAUUUGCCAAGAUGCCCAAGCUGGGUAGCGAAAAAGCGUCGCCCCUGGGCUUUUUUCGAGCUCUUUGGCCGAGACAACGUGCCAAAGUGCUCCCUCACACCAUCUAUCGCGCCUUCCUUCAGUGCACCGAGCACGAGCCCUAUGGCAUCAGCGUGUCAGGGCAUCCCAAACUUCGGGCUUUAGUGGUCCUCGACACCUCGAAGAGUCGCGCUGUGGAGCAGUGGAACUCAGCGCAUCCUGAGCAGAAGAUCGAAGCGGGCCACGUCAUUUUGGAGGUCAACGGGGCGCGGGAUCCGCGACGGAUGCUGCGACAGCUCCGCAAGAGCUCCAAGGUGGAGAUCCUGAUGAACAAGCAGCCGAGCCCGGAACAGGUCUGUGUCUUCCAAGCGGCCUUGGAGCUGCGUCGGAAGCCGGCCCUGCCCACCGUCGAAGAGGGGCUCGAAGUGACAUCGCCUUGUGCCUCAGUGGAGCCCUGUUACAUUUGCCAUGAGGAUCUGGAGCCCAAGGCCUCCGACCACGUCGAGUUGCCUUGCGGCCAGGAAUUUCACCGAAUCUGUUCAUGAAAGAGAGCCACAGUCAGUGGCAACGCCCGGCGCGCCGCAGCGGCGCGUUCGGAGAACCAACGGCCUAUAGUCCAGGUCAGGGCGAAGGCAUUUGGGUGUGGUAGAUUCUGGUGCCCUCCGACUCCGUUUCCAUGGGAGGGGAGAACCACCUGUUGAUAGAGGAAAAUUGUCCCUUCGCGAUGUUAGGGAGUCGGAGUGUAGACGCUUCUUUUCACUUUAGUAACCGCGGACCCACAGCCACAUGUGGUUCUUCGGGAAUGAUGUCCAAAUGAGGAACGGUCAGUUUGGUUGCUUUGUGA